AUGCUAGAAAAAUGUUCCAACAACUCUUCUAAUUCAAUUAAACAUUCUAAUUCGAUCAAACGUUCAAAUAAAAAAAUAAAAGCUUUACCUAAAGAUGAGAAACGCACUAGAACCAGUUUUAUCUGUAAACACUUUAAAGAAGAUGUAGAUGAAGAGGGUAUUCCUGUAAUUAUAUGUCAAGUAAAAAAUGAUGGUAUAAAAUGUGAUACAAAGUAUAUCUUUACCGGGUCAACAGGAAAUGCAAAUAUCCAUCUUCGAAACUCCCAUGAAAUAUGCAAUAGUGGAAAAAUUAAA